UUUCUGUUCCUUCAUUUUGGUCCCUCCUCAGAUUUCUUUUUCCUCCUUUUCAGUUUUCACACUGCCGAAUUCAAACAGCAAUCCCAAUCAUCGCCACCUCCGCCAAAAGUAUGCGGAGGCGAUCGUGUCAAUCUCGAGGUUGAGCUCCGGCGAGAGCUUCUCCACCAAGGAGCGCAAGGCCGAGCACAUACCCAACAUCGAUUUGGAGCAGUGUGGCUUUGCAUCAACAAGAAGAGCAUAACAAGUCUCCAUUCACAGUGCACACCAUCUGUUCGACUAAAGUCCUCAACCAACACUUCCACUCUCAACUCUCAAAUCCCAUGUCUCAUACAUUGCGAGCGGCGACCCAAUGGCUCUCUCUCUAAGAAAACCCAUCAAAGUCUCUCUCUUUCUUACUCAUUACUACCCUCGCUACUGCCUCAAUCUCAAUGGUCACCACUACUUCACCAUUCAAAAACGAUGUCUCAGAGAGCAAGUUCGACUUCCUAGUUGUAGCUUUAUGUCCCUGUCUCCUAUGCUUCAUUCUCCUCCUCAUUGUAGUCUCUAUCAUUCUCAUUGUCAAGUUCCAUUUCUUUUGCCAGACCCCACUUCACUCUCUAAUAUACAAGAAAGGUUGUUGAUUCCCAGCUCUACAAGUUUUCAUCUUGGAAUUGUAAAACGAUUGCCCAUUAUUGGUUCACGUGGAAAAAUGUUGGUUGUAAACUCUAGGGUUAUAAAUUCUAAAAUUUCAAUAAUGCCCAUUAUUGAUUUACAAGGAAAGAUGCUGGCUUUGAGUUAUAGGGGGUUUGGUAGUGUCACAAAUGGUUGUACUGAUUCUGAUGCUGAUAAUGAGAGUGGAGAUGAUGAUAGUGGUGAUGGGGAUUGUAAUGAAAGUGUUGGAGUUAAGUCGGGUGCAGACCCGAAUGAGGUCGAGAGAGUAUGCAAGUUGAUUGAUGAAUUGUUUGCAUUAGAUAGGAACAUGGAGGCGGUUCUCAAUGAAUGUGGGGUUGAUUUGUCACAUGAUUUGGUUGUGGAUGUGUUGGAACGGUUCAAACAUGCUCGAAAACCGGCUUUUCGGUUCUUUUGUUGGGCAGGGCAGAACUCAGGGUUUGCUCAUGAUUCUAGGACUUAUAAUGCUAUGAUGAAUAUAUUAGGGAAGACGAGACAGUUUGAGUCCAUGGUAUCAAUGCUAGAAGAGAUAGGCGAGAAAGGGCUUUUGACAAUGGAAACUUUUAUGAUUGCGAUUAAAGCUUUUGCUGCUGGGAAGGAAAGGAAGAAAGCUGUUGGAAUAUUUGAGUUGAUGAAGAAGUAUAAAUUUAAAGUGGGUGUUGAUACGAUUAAUUGCUUGCUUGACACUCUUGGGAGGGCAAAGCUUGGUAAAGAAGCGCAGACACUUUUUGAGAAGUUGAAAGAUAGGUUUACACAUAAUUUGCAAACUUAUACAGUACUGCUUAAUGGUUGGUGCAGAGUGAAGAAUUUGAUGGAAGCAGGGAGGGUGUGGAAUGAGAUGAUUGACAAGGGAUUUAAGCCUGAUAUAGUUGCACAUAAUAUUAUGCUUGAAGGGUUGUUGAGGUGUAGGAAGAGGUCUGAUGCGGUCAAGUUGUUUGAAGUCAUGAAGGAGAAGGGUCCUUCACCCAAUGUUCGGAGCUAUACAAUUUUGAUUCGGGAAUUAUGCAAGCAAGCAAAGAUGAGAGAAGCGGUUGAAUAUUUUGAUGAAAUGAUUGAAUCUGGAUGCCAAGCAGAUGCUGCAGUUUACACGUGUUUGAUCACAGGGUUUGGUAACCAGAAGAAUAUGGACAUGGUAUAUGGAUUGCUGAAGGAGAUGAACGAAAAAGGUUGCCCUCCUGAUGGGCGCACGUACAACGCCUUGAUUAAAUUGAUGACAAGUCGACGGAUGCCUGAUGAUGCGGUGAGGAUAUAUAAGAAGAUGAUUAACGAUGGCAUUGAACCAUCAAUCCACACUUAUAACAUGAUAAUGAAAUCCUACUUUCAAACAAGAAACUACGAAAUGGGUUGUGCAGUUUGGAAUGAGAUGAUCCAGAAGGGUUGUUGCCCUGAUGAUAAUUCCUAUACAGUUUUCAUUGGAGGGCUCAUAAGUCAAGGUAGAUCAGGAGAGGCUUGUAAAUAUUUGGAGCAAAUGAUAGAAAAAGGAAUGAAAGCACCUCAACUCGAUUACAACAAGUUUGCAGCUGAUUUUUCCAGAGCUGGGAAACCAGACAUACUUGUGGAGUUGGCUCAGAAGAUGAAGUUUGCUGGUAAGUUUGAAGUCUCCAAUGUUUUUGCGAGGUGGGCUGAGAUGAUGAAGAAAAGGGUUAAGAGAAGAGAUCCUAUUAAAACUAAAGCACAGUUCAGCUGAGUUUGUUGCUGACGGUGAAUGAGGCUGUGGUUGUCAGAAGCUCUGUGCUCUCUGACUAAGUUCCACACUUAACUGGUGAACUUGUGGCAUAAUUUGUAGUUUAUUAUUGUGCUAGAGCUAUCGUUUGGUUACUACAUUUUUUUAUUUUUAUUUUUUAAAUUUUAGGUGUUUUUAUCUAACUAGUUUAAUUAUUAUUUUUUAAUGACAUCCUUUUGGUUUGUCUAGAUCUUUUAUUGAAUUUUGACCUUUAAACUGCAUUCUCUGAUUUUGUAUGCGAAAGAACCUCUCGCAAAGCUUGUGGUAAAAUUUAUGUAUAAAAUGUUGUGCUUGUA